AUGGCGUCCGACCUCUCCGCCCAGAAGCUCGACGCAGGCUUGAAGCGAAUCGACGAGAUUGAGCAAGAACUCGCCGCCGAACUCACCACGGCCGAAGAAGAAGUCUCCGCCGCCCGGGAUGCCCUCGCCCAAGCCACCGCCAAACUCUCCCAGGUUCGAGAGAACCACCAAGCCAUCACCGAGCGCCGCAGCAGCAUCACCGAGUUCCGCGCCCUUCCCCGCUACCUCCGCCGCGACCAAAGCCAGACCGAGGAGCUCCUCCGUCCAAUCGCCGGCUACGAGCUCGAGAGCGCCGACGACUCCCCUCCUCCACCGAAAGCUCCCUCUCCCUCCCCGGCGCCCGUCUCCAAGAAGCGCAAAGCGAAGAGAGAUCCCGCUCCCGCCGCCGCCGCCGCCGCCCCUGCCAGCAAGCGCAGCAAGCGCGCUCCCGAGUACCUCCCCGCCUGUCCCACCAUUGUCAAGACGGACGAAGGCACUUGGGUCGAGCUCCGCUGCUCAGUCUGCAACGGCAACACGGAGCCGCAGAAGGGCCAAUUCUACAAGGGCCCCGCCGGUCUGCAGAAGCAUCUGCAAACCAACCACCAGCAGAAGGUGACUCGCGCGGACGUCAUCGUGCGUUGCAUGCACAGGGCGGUGUCGGAUGGCGAGGUGGAGAAGAUCGAGAGCGGAGAGGUGGAGGUGGAGAGGGUGGUGGGUGUGGGGCAAGGGAAGGCCACCUCGGGAAGGAAGGGAAAGGCGGCGGGAGGUGGAGGGAAGUCACGCGUGGCUGUCCCGGAGGAGGAAGAGGAGGCUGAGGGCAUGGAGGCGGAGGCGGAGGUGGAGGGCGGAGCGGUGGCGGAGAGAGAGGAGGAGGAAGAGGAGGAGGAGUUCGUUCGCCCGAGCGACUCCGUCCCGGACACGGAGGAGAAGCGCUUGCGCUUGGAGCUGUUCCGCCAGCUGCAGGCGCCGUCGUUCACGCCGAGAGAUUGA